AUUGAAAGAAGUUUUUAAUUCCUGGCUCAAAUUUAGCUAGGCAUGUGUAGCUAUGCUAUUGUAUUAUAACAAUUUUCAUUUCCAGUGUUGAAGGAAAUGGUAACAUGGAACAGUGUUGCAUAUUGCCAGGUACAGUUUUGGCUUUCUUAAUUGACAGACACGGGAACAGAGUAGCAUGGAAAAUAGACUACUUGUAUGUGUAACUCAAGGGAAGAAAUGUAGUUGCCCCCUAACAACAUUUGCAUUGACUACAGCUCUUUGGCAGAUUCGCUAAGGGAAUUUCCCCAAAUGACAGGUAUGAUGAAGAUUAAAUUUGAGGGUAUUAAGCUAACUGUGAGUUCUCACCUCUAAUCUGGAGACAAAUCCAUCACAAAUUUCUUCAAAAUAAGUGCUUGUUUUCUGCACUUAAAGUGGAAGCUAUGAAAAUGUGUGUUUAUGCAUUGACAUUCUAGCUAAAAUGUAAUACUUGUACCAAGUAUCAAAAACUUACAUAGUGAUGUUAACAUGAGAUAAUACCUGCUUGAAAGAGCUCUAGGCAAAAGUGCUAUGGAACAUCUUUGUCUGGGCUUCCUGACUCCUGGCUUUUGCCUGGAGAGUAAUAACAAAGGCCAGUGCAGCGCAUUGCUGUUCCCUUUUAACCCCCAAGAGGGUAUCUGAGCAGUUUCUUUGCCCCAGAGAGCAUAAAAAUGUGGGCAUAAGGGCUAAUGCUUGGGCUCAGUGUUGAGGGCUUGAGAUAGAAAAGCAGAAGAGUACUUAAAAGUGCUUGAAAUAAAGCAGAUAUUGUGAGAUGACCAUAAAAUGUAAUAUUAAUUUAAUCCAUACUCUUACUGAAAUUUCUGUGUUCGUUGUAAUGGUAGGUAUUUAACUAAAUUCUAGCUGAUUGUUUUAAUUAGUAAUGUGUGAUAUUCCAAUAAAUGAAAAUACUACUUUAGUAAACGGCAAUAGUAUGCAUAUAGGAAGUAAACAAAGUACAUUCCUCUUUUACAAGUGAUCCUGUUUUGUUCAAUACAGUUUCAAAAUUCCUAGUCCCUAGUGCCAAGUCUUGUUGUCAUCAUAGCUAUGGUGUGGGUGGAAAAGACAAACCAGAAAUGAGCAGAUCUAACUGUAAGCUACUUUGCAUGUUGUCAAUUGGCUAUAAAUUGCAGGAGUCAUCGACUCAGCGGAACAAGCUUCGUAAUUCAGGUAAGAGACUUGCAUAUUGCUGUAUGCAGCAACAGAUCUUCACUGAAUAUCAGUGUUUCUGUAGAUCACUUCUAUCAGCUAGUCAGUGCUUCUGUAGCUUUCUAAUGAGUUGUGUUUAAUAUGAUCACUUAUUGCAUUAAGAUAUAAGAAAACUGGAAUGUUAACUUUUUUUUCAGGUAUUACUCAUCAGUCUUAAAAUUAGCACAUCUUAUUUCCUUGGAUUUUACUUUCAUCUGAAGAUCGGUUAAAUGCAGAACCUGAUGGAUGGCAAAAGCUAUGGUAACGUCAUGGACAAGUUGUCCAUCUGUACUGACACUCAGUGCAUACAGCUCACCAGGCCUUUCUGUGCAGACCCAUUGGUCACGUUUCACGUGUACCCAGAAGCACCAAACCAGGUCACUUGCUCUGAAGAUCUGUCAUUCUUUCCUUUCAUGUCUGAGCAUCUCAUCACGGAGAACUUCUACAGUGAGCCGAGCGGCUUUUCCUACCAAGUGCCCCAUUCCAGUUACAACAGAAGCUUGCAGGUAGCUGCUUUUCCACAAAUGGCUCAUUCAAAAGGGUUCCAGCCUGUGGAUCACAGAUGCUGCGGUGUGAUGCCAGCUCUGGACAAACUCCCGUGCUUCAGGGUCAUCCCUGCUGUCAGCCCCUGCUGGAGGAGCUCUUUGGCGGCGCAUCCCACCUGGGUCACCAAGCCCCCUGCCCCCCAGAGGUGCCAGCGGAUUGACCACUGCCUCCCAUCCCCUGGCCCAGCGUGGAGGAGGCUGAGCAUAUCAGGGAGAUCAGCGGGCUUAGACAGGAAUGUCCCUGUUCUGGUGAGAGGGGAACAGGAUGGAUUUUAUUACCGGGGUACAGUGAAAGAGGAGAUGGAGAAUGAAAGAGGACUGUUCCUGGUAGAGUUUGCCGAACCAUUUCAGUCACUUGGAAGGCAUCCAGUCGGCAUGCAAAAAACAGUGAAGGAUGACAUCCUGGAAUAUACGAAUGGUAUGAAGCACUCCUUACUCCCUGGAGACAAAGUGCUGGCGCCUUGGGAACCAGAUACGGGGAGGUAUGGCCCAGGAACUGUCCUCACGGGCAUUGAGACAAGGGACCCCUUACGAGCCUCAGAAGAUGAAGAAAUUACGGUCCAGUUCUGGAAUGACAAGAAAGUGAAACUCCCUCUAGGUGUAGCUCUGUGGAUCCCUCCUAGCCUGUGUGGGAGAAUUGUAGAGAUGAUCCACAUGCCCUUCACCAGCAGGUUAAGGCCCAGAGCAAGUCCUGACACUAAUUCUUGUAUUUUUUCCUGCAGUCCUAAAACAGCCCUGAUUUCUGUUUGUGCUGUACACAGUUUUGCUAAGCACAGCUUGCUCUGCUCACCCUGCUGGCCACUUUUCCGCUAUCAUUGUGGUUGUAUGUGCUGUUCAUCAGCCUGUGUCAGGUGCAUCUGCUGCUGCCAUCCCUGUUCUGAUGCCUGGUGGCCUCUUCCACCCAGGUCUCUGGUCUUUCAGAGAAAACCUGAAGAGGUAGAGCCCAGCAGCAAAUCCUCUCCACACCUUUUAGAACUGGAAGGUCUGAAACAAGGAGAAUCAGCAGCUGUGGCAGCUUCUUCCCCUUGUGAUUCAGAGUGUGAUGUGGAGUCGUUCCUAACUAAGAGUGAUGUUGUGGACAGUGCUGUUAACACAGACUCCAGCCAUCCUGAGAAGCCCAGGUUAGAAGAAUCCGCAGAACCCAAGUGGAAAUACUGGAAAAGGAGCCAGUGCAAGUCCCAACCCAGUAAUUCAGAAAUCACCAGUUGCAGCAGCACAUGUACAAAGGGCAAGCUGGAAUCCAAAGCCAUCUCUGUUGUGGACGUGUUCCAUGUUGCACUGGCUAGCUGGAGUGUCCCUGAAAACAGACAGUUCUGACCAUCACAACCAAGACAAAGGACCAACAGCCUUCUUUUUUAGGCUUGGUUUCUUUUCUACAGUGGUCCCCUCCUGCUUUAGAAAAACUUGGAAAAAAAUCAGUUAGAACAUGAAUACCAAACAAGGCAGGCAGAGAAGAGGAAUAAAAAAGCUUGCAGGAAGAAGGGGAAGAUGAAAAAAUAGCAGGAUGAACAGAAACACUACUCUGCACAUGAGCACCAUCGGUACAAGUAAUCAGAAAUAACAUGUACAUAAAUAUAAAACUAAAAAAAAACACAUGUACUUAAUAAAAAUACUUAAGCACUUAAAUAAAAAAUGUCCUUAAAAUGCUACCGUAAUUUAAACAUACUAAACUUGCAUGAUUAGGAGGAGAUUAAUCUGUUAAUGAUCUGUCUUAGUGAGCAGAGAAUACACUGGAAUAUAUUUUGUUUUUUUCCAAUGUUUUAUGCAUUAAUUUUUAGCAGAAGCCUACUACUUAACUGUAUUUUUCAUAUUUUAUUAUUUAAACAAUCAUAAUAUACGCACAUUAUACACUUUAGUAAUUAAUUUCCUAGGAAUUAGGAAUUUUAAUGCCAAUACAGAACUCCAGACAGACAUGCUCUGAGUUAGCCAAAUGUCAUAUUUGUGCAGUGGUGACAUACUUGGCCUUUUGGUAAAACUAGAAAGAAACCAGAGUGGCUUCAUUCUAGCUCAAAACCAGCAGCGUGAAUCACAGUAGUGGACACAACUUGAUAAUACAGAGUAUAAUGGCAUACUU